AUGGUUCGUGCGAUCCAUGAGGAUAUACAAAAGCUAAUGAAGGAGGCAGAUGAUCAGGAAUUGGUCUAUCCUUUCGGAGAUGUGUAUAACAACUUUGUGUUCGGCUUAUUUGGCGCCUGGUACGCUCUUGGGCUGGGUAUCAACACUAUUCCCCUGUGGAAUUCUUUCAUCGUGUGCCUCAUUAAGUACGUGCACCUGAAGCUGCUUAUACUCAAAAAGCGGGUGACGGAGAUGGAAAUCACGCGCUUCAAUCCGCUCUUAGACCUGGAUCGCCUGACACCCGCUCAGCUGAACCGCUGGCGAAUGCGGCUCAUAAAAGAGUUCGUGAAAGAGCACCUGAAGAUCCGGAGAUUUGUCCAGGAGUUGGAGCAACUAAUCUGUUUGCCUGUCUUGAUAGACUUCAUUUUCUUCGCCAUUUCGAUCUGUUUUGAGCUAUAUGCCCUUAUUGUAGGCCAUGAUGAUUUGUGCUUCGCCUAUUAUUCAACACCCUGGUAUGAAUACGACCCUCCAAUGAAACGAACGAUUCUCUUUAUGAUGAUGCAUGCCCAGAGUCCGUUGCGGAUUCGUGCCCUGAUGUUCCCAGUGGAUCUGAAAACCUUUUUAGACAUUGUACUUGGGGCCUACAAUUACUUCAACAUACUGCGUGGGUUGUAUUAG